AUGAAUGUAGAGCUUAUCGCCGCUGCCAGAAGGAUGGGCUGCAAGCGCACUCCGUCCCUGCAAUCGUCAGUGACCAAGUUGGAGCACAUUGAUGAUUGGCUGGGACACUCACCAAUGCGGAAGGUCUCAUCGUCAGCAUCCCUGAAUGAAAGCACUUGCCACCCUCUACAAUGCCGUCGGAAUACUGAUGUUACAAUCCUUCGAUCAACCGUCCUGACCAGAUUGCUCACAGCUCUCAGGCUCCACCGACAGCCACGUUGCUUCCCUCCACCACAAGUCCCCAUCUCAAGACGUCUCCUCACACAGGCAUGCGUCGACAUCAACUCCUCUCUUUGCCGCCAACAGUGUGGCGCAUAA